AUGGCGAACCUCGCAGGGGAACACAACACGGCCCCGACUGUGACUGAGUCCAUCUCUGAGUCCUCCCAAUCCUACGGCAAGCCUGCCUCCAGACACGGCUCGCCCGAGACGGUCAAGGUCGACGGCAAUAAGUCUCUGACCCUAGCUUCGGAGAACCUCAUUUUGAAUGACCCAACAGCGAACAAAUCCAAACGGACUUGCGGUUUUGCUGGGUUUGGCGCAUCAGCGCCGGCAAUGCAAAGCGUCCCCUUAUACAAUGUCCUCUGGGCCGAACAGACGGGGAAGACACUCACGAUCGACUAUGCGAAACAGGUCAGCACGCAACGAGUACAGGCCGCAAAAUGGACUUUUACCGUCAACGACGCGGACGGCCCGGACGUCAGGUCCUGGAUCGACACCCUCAUGACAAGGGCAUACGGGCCGGCGAAGCGAUGCAAGAGAGCCAAGGUCCUGGUCAACCCGCACGCUGGACCGGGAGGCGCGGAAAAGAAGUGGCGCGUUGACGUCGAGCCUCUGUUCAAGGCGGCGCGCAUGCCCAUGGACGUUGACCUCACUACGUUUUCAGGUCAGGCUCUUGCGGUCUCGCGGGACGUGGACGUGGACGCGUUCGACACCAUCGUCACCUGCUCAGGCGACGGCCUUGCUCACGAGGCAUUCAACGGUCUUGGCCAGCGGCCUGAUGCGUCGCGAGCAUUGCAAAAGAUUGCCAUUUCGCACAUCCCCUGCGGCUCGGGUAAUGCGAUGAGCUGCAACCUGUACGACUCGCAUCGGCCGUCAAUUUGUGCUCUCGCCAUCAUCAAGGGAGUCGAAACCCCUGUGGAUCUGAUCAGCAUCACACAGGGCAACCGACGCACCCUCAGUUUCUUGAGUCAGGCUCUUGGCGUUGUGGCUGAGAGUGAUCUAGCUACUGAGCAUCUUCGAUGGAUGGGCGGCGCGCGCUUCACCUGGGGCUUCCUGACUAGGAUAUUCGAGAAAAAGUGCUACCCGUGCGACUUGGCCGUCAAGGUUGAGAUUGGGGACAAGGCUGGUGUCAAGAGACACUACAAGGAGCACACGCGCAGGGCGUUGGCAACACAUACGGGUGCCGGCGAACCCCCGAGGGCUGAGAAUGCCGAUGGCGCCUCGAGCCCAUCUGGUGACCAGGAAGGACUGCCGCCUCUGAGAUAUGGCACCAUCAAUGAUGAUCUCCCUGAUGGAUGGGAGCUUAUUCCCUAUCAGAAGAUGGGUAACUUUUACUGCGGGAACAUGGGAUACAUGGCUCCUAACGCCAACUUUUUCGCUGCAGCGCUCCCCAACGACGGUCUCAUGGACCUCGUCUGCGUCGAUGGAGACGUCUCAAUCGGUGCCCAGGUGAGUCUGCUCACGUCCGUGGAGAGCGGAAAAUUCUUCGACAACCCUGUGGCGUCGUACCGCAAGAUCUCCGCCUACCGCAUUAUUCCACGGAAUCAAAAAUCCGGGUACAUCAGCAUCGACGGUGAGAAAGUGCCGUUUGAGCCCUUUCAGGCUGAAGUCCACCGCGGUCUCGGCAAGGUCAUUUCGAAGCGCGGCAAGUACGAGGCCCCCGGUCCUUUGGGCUGGGAGAAGAUGUCUUUGGCCUAA